AUCAUAUUGUUGAAACAGAGCAAUAUAGAGGAGGGUCGAUGAGCCGGAGGAGCAUGUAGUAUCAUAUCGUUGAAACAGAGCAAUGCAGAGAGAGAGGAGGAUCCCUCGUCAUCUAUUGAUACAUCCAGGAAUGCUGUCAUUCCCUGUUCCAUCCAUCGGACCUGCUGGCAGUCUCUCCUCGCGCUAGAAUCAUUGCUAAAUCAAGCACUGGCAAGCUGCUAUACUGGCUACUGGCUAUAACGAAUUCAAUCCAGCUUCAGCAAGCAUCAUGCAGCCCCAAGGAAUAGGAUGCUCCUGACAACGUGCCAGUGAGUUGAAAAGAGAGAGAGCUGAAGGUAAACUCAAAGUUAUAAAGAUGAACCCUAUGGAGGAAAUGACGACCAUGUCUCUGUUCGCCAACUCCAGCGAGCUGUACUACAACCCCAACACCACCGUGGCCCCUAAUUUCCUCACCAAACCCAAGGCCUGUGAGCAGCUCAACAUCGCCACAGAGGUCUUCCUCAUCCUGGGUAUUAUCAGUUUGUUGGAGAACAUCCUGGUCAUCUGCGCCAUCAUCAAGAACAAGAACCUCCACUCCCCCAUGUACUUCUUUGUGUGUUCCCUGGCUGUGGCCGACAUGCUGGUCAGCGUUUCCAACGCCUGGGAAACCAUCAUCAUCUACCUGCUGACCAACCGGCAGCUCAUUGUGGACGACCAUUUUAUUCGUCAGAUGGACAACGUCUUUGACUCCAUGAUCUGUAUAUCAGUGGUGGCGUCUAUGUGUUCUCUCCUGGCUAUCGCUGUGGACCGGUAUGUGACCAUCUUCUACGCUCUGCGUUACCACAGCAUCAUGACCCAUAGACGGGCCGCUCUCAUCAUCGGAGCCAUCUGGACCUUCUGCACGGGCUGCGGCAUCGUCUUUAUCAUGUACUCCGACACCACCCCUGUUAUCAUUUGCUUGGUGUCCAUGUUCUUCACCAUGCUAGUGCUCAUGGCCUCGCUGUACAGCCACAUGUUCAUGCUGGCUCGCUCCCACGUCAAGCGCAUCGCGGCUCUGCCAGGGUACAACUCCAUCCACCAGAGGGCCAGCAUGAAGGGAGCCAUCACUCUCACAAUCCUCCUGGGCAUCUUCAUCGUCUGCUGGGCACCCUUCUUCCUCCACCUUAUCCUGAUGAUCUCCUGCCCCAGGAACCUGUACUGUGUGUGCUUCAUGUCUCACUUCAACAUGUACCUCAUCCUCAUCAUGUGUAACUCUGUGAUCGACCCUCUGAUCUACGCCUUCAGGAGUCAGGAGAUGAGGAAAACCUUUAAGGAGAUUAUUGGUUGCUACAGCCUGAGGAACGUGUUUGAGUGUCUCCCUGUGUGCUAUAAACCUGGAGUGCCAUAGAACUCUUACCCUUAUAGACUCUUUGGCCAUGGGUCCUACGUGUGGUUUAGUCAGCAGUAUUUGGGUAUGAACAGAGUGCAUUGGAGUAGAAGACUGUCUUAUUAAAAUGUGUCUUAGACUGCCUUGUCCCAAUGCAGUCUGAUUAAGCUCAACUUGUAGAACCCUUUGUUCCUUAACACUAGAACUGCUAAAGCAGUCAUUUUGACCCUACAGUGUAUAUCCAUCCACCGAAUCAAAGAAGUCUCAUCAGUCUACUCUGGCCUACUUGGAGUAGGCUACACAGUGAGAGCGUGAGUAAUUGGACAUGCUGAACGGCUUUUAAUACACAUCAGGCAGCAGGUGAGCGACUGUCAAAGAAUGUGGGGAUGAGGCAAGGGGAGUAAUGUCACCAUGGACAACUUCUUCACUGUCAUUGGAGAACAGGUUCCUUGUGGCCGGGACAAUGAACAAAGGGCAGUAAUGUCACCAUGGACAACUUCUUCACUGUCAUUGGAGAACAGGUUCCUUGUGGCCGGGACAAUGAACAAAGGGCAGUAAUGUCACCAUGGACAACUUCUUCACUGUCAUUGGAGAACAGGUUCCUUGUGGCCGGGACAAUGAACAAAGGGCAGUAAUGUCACCAUGGACAACUUCUUCACUGUCAUUGGAGAACAGGUUCCUUGUGGCCGGGACAAUGAACAAAGUUAGACGUUUGCCCCCUCCCUCUGUGCAAAAUAAAGCACCUGAACAGCCGUUAUACUCCACAAAGGUGCUGAAGAAUGACAAGAUGACAGGAACACAAUAAAAAGAAGACUAUUACGCACUGUAACCAAACAAAGGUAUGUCAAAGUGUGUCAAGCAAGUGAAAGUUACGAAAAUGGUUUCAACUGUUAGGACAAGGGAUAACAGCUAAAUGAAAUCCAACCGAUGCCAUUGAGUGAAGAUACACACAAGCACGAGCUGACAAUAAUUUACUAUUUUAAUCUGCUGUCAUAUCUACACUUAUAUUCAUUAGAAUGCCUUUAUUGCUUUUGUGCUGAGUUUCACUAUUUAUCAAGGCCACGUGGAACUUAUAAUGAUGUUGAGGCUGCUGAUGUUUUUAUCUUUUAACCACUUGACCAUGCAUCUUGGUAUUUUGGGGUAGUUAUAAAAAAUAAGCUGUUACCAUGUUCCAACACAUGAUUUCUGUUUCAUAGUUGUAACAAAUAAUAUAUAAUAUAAUAAUAUAUGCCAUUUAGCUGACGCUUUUAUCCAAAGCGACUUACAGUCAUGUGUGCAUACAUUCUACGUAUGGGUGGUCCCGGGAAUCGAACCCACUACCCUGGCGUUACAAGCGCCAUGCUCUACCAACUGUGCUACAGAAGGACCACAGGCACUCCACUAAUAAAAUUGAUUGAACACAAUUUUUUUUUUGUCAUAUGUCCUCCAGUAAAUAAAAUUAUGAAAAUGCUCUUCUCAAAUCAAAUGUAUUU